GGCGGGGACAGUCGGGGAGCAGCUUCGACUGCGGGGCCCUGCCUCGGUUUCCCUGUCUGUGUGCACCCCGCGGUGUCAUCCACAGGGCUGAGGACAGAGUCUCGGCCGCCCGGGGGGAGAGGGUGGGACACACCGGCCUGGAGGCGACUACGGAGCUGCGACAGGCUCCUGGGGUGCAGGAAGGGGCGCGCGCCCGGGAACCGCCCGGGGUGCCCGGCUCUGCGGGGACUGAGGCCGAGAAGGAAACCCGGCCCCGGCCGGUCUGAACCAGCCCGGUGGAGAGAGAGGAGGGAGGCCGCGGCGGUGCUCUCGGGGCUGAGGCGGGAGGGUCCUGAGAGUCCCAGGCCAGCCUGGGCUAAGGGAUUGGAUUGGAGGGAGGGCAGGUGCGCCGCACACCUGGCCUCCCAGCACCAGUUAGAAGAGGUGGGAGGGUCAGAGUUAAAGUCAUCAUCAACUAACGGCAAGUUCAGGGCCAGCCUGGGCUCCGGGGAAAGGCACACGCCUUUGAUCCUUAAAAAGCAAAGCAAAACAAACAAACAAAAACUCUUAAAAUUAGUUAAUUAACUAAAACCAAAGUCGGCGUCCACCCCGAGGCUUCGUGUGGACAGGUGAGGCCUGUGCUCAGGAAUCCCGGCCAGAGGGAACGGAGGGGAGAGGCUGUGAGGGGACACACCUGUGGCAGGGAUAGAAAGGGGUUAAUUCUAGGGCCCCGGCCGGCAUCUUGCUCCGCAGAGGAUUGUCCAGGGGUCCAGCGCCCUCAGCAUCCUCAGCAUGGGGGUGAAACUCAAACACACAAAAGAAAUACAUCGCCACUGAGUCUCCCCUCUUCUAAGUCGUUUUUACUUUUUCUCCGCUGCAUAGUAUUCCAGUGGCGUGCCAAGGAGAACACCUCGGGGCCCCUAGGGUGUGACAGUGUGGCUUAGGUCGGUUCCUCAGGGUUCCUGCUGACUGACGGUCUCCACGAUGCCCACCCUCCCACAGGAACGGGCCGCUGGGGGCCAGUCAGAGUGGGCCAAAUGGAGUCGAAGGUCCUGGGGACCCUCCCCCAGGGCCUGCGCCACCUGCCUGCAGCCCUGGCUGAAGCUGGCCCCUGCGAGGGAGGACCACGACCCCUCCCUCCCCUGCUUGGUGCCCAGCGCCCCCCCCCCCCUCCUCUCAUCCGGGCACGCUCUGGGAAGAGCCCGCGCCAGGCUCUGGGGCGGCGGCUACGCAGGGAGACGCGAAGGCGGGGACCAGGGAGGGGGCGCGGGGUAUAAAAGACGUCGCUGAGCAGGGGAGCUGCGUUUCAGCCCCCUCCGCCCGCCUGCAGCAGAGCCCCGCGUGGGCUGGCAUCCCCGGAGGAGGAGGAGCGGGGUCCCCCACCCCCCCGGCCCCACAGUCUCGGGACGCAAUCCGCGAAGGCUGCCUGGAGGAAGAGGGCGGCCAAGCCAUGGCCACGGAGGCGUCCUUGGGUCCCAACGCGACCUGGUGGGCUCCGGUCAACGCGUCGGGAUGCCCGGGCUGCGGUGCCAACGGCUCGGACAGCCGGGGCUCGGCGCCCAGGCCCCUGGACGCCUGGCUGGUUCCUCUGUUCUUCGCGGUGCUCAUGUUGCUCGGGCUGGUCGGGAACUCGCUGGUCAUCUACGUCAUCUGCCGCCACAAGCACAUGCGGACGGUGACCAACUUCUACAUCGCCAACCUGGCGGCCACAGAUGUCACCUUCCUCUUGUGCUGCGUUCCCUUCACUGCGCUCCUCUACCCGCUGCCCGCCUGGGUGCUGGGAGACUUCAUGUGCAAAUUCGUCAACUACAUCCAGCAGGUCUCGGUGCAAGCCACCUGCGCCACCCUGACAGCCAUGAGUGUGGACCGCUGGUAUGUGACUGUGUUCCCUCUGCGUGCCCUGCACCGCCGCACUCCCCGCCUGGCCCUGGCUGUCAGCCUUAGCAUCUGGGUGGGCUCCGCAGCUGUGUCCACCCCGGUGCUGGCCCUGCACCGCCUGUCGCCGGGGCCCCACACCUACUGCAGCGAGGCGUUUCCCAGCCGCGCCCUGGAGCGCGCCUUCGCGCUCUACAACCUGCUGGCUCUGUACCUGCUGCCGCUGCUCGCCACUUGCGCCUGCUACGGCGCCAUGCUGCGCCAUCUGGGCCGUGCUGCUGCGCGCCCCGCGCCCUCUGACGGCGCGCUGCAGGGACAGCUGCUGGCACAGCGCGCUGGAGCGGUGCGCACCAAGGUCUCCCGGUUGGUGGCCGCUGUAGUCCUACUGUUCGCCGCCUGCUGGGGCCCAAUCCAGUUGUUCCUGGUGCUCCAGGCCCUGGGCCCCGCAGGAGCCUGGCACCCUCGCAGCUAUGCCGCCUACGCGCUGAAGAUCUGGGCUCACUGCAUGUCCUACAGCAACUCAGCACUCAAUCCGCUGCUCUAUGCCUUCCUGGGCUCACACUUCAGACAGGCCUUCUGCCGUGUGUGCCCUUGCGGCCCACGACGCCAGCAGCGCCGGCCCCACGGGGGGUCUGCACUCUCAGACCGAGCCGCACCCCACACGCCGCACAGCCUGGCUGCGCACCCCGCCAGUGAGCCUGGCGACCCUUCCUUCCUGUGCCUCCUUCGUGAACGCUCUGCUCUGUUCUGCUAAUCAGUGAAUAGCUUAGUUUGUGUCCCGGGUAACCACCUUCCCCUUCGGCACCCGUGCGCCGUGGUUUUUGCCGUGGUUGUGAUAAUUCUAUGUAUUCUGCAGCGUUUGAAGGUUCAUGUCCCCACUGUCUGCAUCUACUUCAGAACCUCGUGCUCACUAGACAAGUGCUGGACCACUGAGCUAAAUGCCCAGCCCCCUUUUCCUUUCCCCCCACCCCUUGUUGUUGCUUGAAAUAGGGUCUCAUGUAGCCCAAACUGGCUCCAACUCUGUGUAGCUGAGCCUCCAGCCAUGACCUUGGGACCUAAGCCACCAAGCCCAAGUUUCUUUUUCUAUUUUGAGACAAGUUCCUAACAUCAGGAAAAAGUAAAGGAUGUAAGAUAAUGUGUAAAAAAAAAGAUAAUGUGUACUUCUUAUGAUAUAUAAAUUUGAAAACAAAAAUCCGGCA